AUGGAGACAGAUGACACAAUUGCAAUUGUAGGAAUUGGCUGCAAUUUUCCAGGAGGUGAAGGGCCUGAAAACUUCUGGAAGAUACUUGUGGAAGGCCAGAACUGUACAGCAGAGAUAUCACCUGAAAGAUUUAACAUUGAAGAAUGGUAUGAUACAGAUGAUAACAUGCCAGGCAAAAGUCGGACAAAACAAGCAGCUCUUACUAAAGGAUUUAAUGAAUUUGACAACAAGUUAUUUGGAAUCAAUGAUUCAGAAGCUGAACGCAUGGACCCUCAGCAAAAAUUACUCCUAGAAUGUUCCUAUAGAGCCCUAGAAGAUGCUGGGAUCCCAAUCGAGGCUGUGUCGGGGUCCAGAAUUGGUGUUUUUAUUGGAGACUGUGAGGCAGCUCUUUGUGGAGGUGCAAGUUGCAUUUUAGACCCUAAAGUAUAUGUAGCAUUGAGUAAAGCCAAAAUGAUAUCUCCUGAGGGGAUGAGUAAACCCUUUUCUAAAAAAGCAAAUGGCUAUGGAAGAGGAGAAGGCUGUGGCAUUGCCUUACUGAAGCCACUAAGGAAGGCACUGGAAGACUGCAACAAAAUCUGGGGUGUUAUCAGCAUGAGUGCAGUGAAUCAGGAUGGGCGAUCAGUAACUCCCAUCACCAGACCCUCUCAGAAACAACAGGAGAAACUUCUAGAGAGCAUUUAUUCAACUCACAUCAACCCAUCAAUUGUGCGUUACAUCGAAGCCCAUGGCACAGGAACACCUGCUGGAGACCCGACUGAAGCAGAAAGCAUAGGCAACAUUGUUGGUAGAACAAGAUCUAGAAAUGCUCCUCCUCUGAAGAUUGGUUCAGUGAAAGGCAAUAUUGGUCAUACCGAGUCAGCCGCUGGAAUAGCCGGCCUAAUUAAAGUGCUUCUGAUGAUGCACCAUGAAAAGAUCGUCCCAUCACUCCACUAUUCAGAGAGUAUGAGUAGCAUAGAUGCAGAAAAGUUAAAUCUCUCCAUCCCCACAGAAGUCGAGGAGUGGGAAGAGUCUUUAGAAUUUGGCAGAAUAGCUGGCGUGAACAGCUUUGGAUUUGGAGGGUCCAAUGCCCAUGUUAUUGUCAGACAGUUUAAGCAGUCAUGCCAGAAAAUGCCUUCUAAAAGACCCUACGAACUAUUUGUACUUUCAGCAGCAUCCAGUAAGUCCCUCAACCUCAUGAUGGAAGACACAGCUCAGCAACUGCAUCAGAAUGACCACGUAUCUCUCCAGAAUCUGAGCUACACCUCGGCCUGCAGAAGAAGCCAUGCCAACUACAAAUAUAGAAAAGCAUUUGUGACAACUUCCCUAGAAAAUCUCCAGCAACAACUUAAUUCAGCAACUGGAGUCCAAACAACUCAGACAAAGGGGACUCCUCAAUUAAUAUUUGUGUUCUGUGGUAAUGGAGCCCAUUACAAGGGGAUGGGCAAGGUCUUGCUUAGGACAGAACCAGUGUUCAGGGAAAAGUGCCAAGAAAUCAAUCAUUUGUUUCUCCAAUAUGCACCUAUCAAGCUACUGGAUUUAAUAGAAAAGGAAUUUGAUGAUUUUUCAAGACCUGAAGUCUCCCAGCCACUCCUCUUCCUAAUCCAGGUGGCUUUAGUAUCCCUCCUAAAAUUCUGGGGCAUUGAGCCCUCUGCUAUCGUGGGGCAUUCAGUUGGGGAAGUUGCUGCUGCCCACUGUGCGGGGUGUCUCACCCUUGAGGAUGCUGUGAAGAUUAUUCACUAUAGGAGCAGCUUUCAGGCAAAGGUCACUGGUGGGAAAAUGUUGGUAGUUGGAAACAUUCCCAUAGAGGAAAUCUCAAAAUCAUUAGCCCCCCACUCUGGAAAGGUCUGCAUUGCAGCCUUCAAUAGUCCCUAUUCCUGCACAUUGUCAGGAGAAGCUGAUGCGAUGGAUGCCCUUCGUGAAGAACUAUCUCAGCAAUUUGGAGCGAGGAAUAUAUUUCUCUUUGAGUUACAAGUUCCUGCUGCUUAUCACAGUCAUAUGAUGGAUCCAAUCAUCCCUGACAUUACCGAGAGCAUAAAGGGUUUGGUGAGGCAGGAGCCUGAAGUGGAAAUUGUCUCCACAGUGACAGGAGAAAGAGCUUCUGCAGAGGAUUUUACAACGGGCAAAUAUUGGGCCAGAAACAUCCGAGAACCAGUCGCUUUCACACGGGCCAUCCAAACUUUAGCUCAAGGAAGGGAAAAUGCAAUCUUCCUUGAAAUAGCCCCAAAACAAGUAUUACAAAGAAAUAUCAAAGAGACAUUAGGAAAACAAAGUGUUGUUCUGCCUGCACUGCAAGCAGAGAAAGAUUAUGAGACCCUUUUUGCUCUGGUCAAAAAUCUAUUUGAAUCGGGAUAUAAUCUCAAUUGGCCACAGUUCUAUGAUGGGUUGAAGACAGUUCCAACAGACUAUCCAAGAUAUCAGUUUGAUCGUCAGAACCUCAAUACAUACCUGAAAAGCCUGCAGCAGCAGCAGCAGAGCAUGAGCAGUGCCAACCAUCCUCUCAUAAGCAGUGCAAAUAGCCACUCAGAACUCACCUGCACACUCUCUCAGAGUACAGCAUCCUAUGUUUAUGAGCACAAAAACAAUGGGGUGCCUCUGGUUCCAGGGGCCCUCUUUGCUGAGGUUGGCUUAGCUUCAGUGAUGAUCAGUUCAAGACCCAAGAUACCUCUAAGGGCAUGUGAGCUGAGUAUCAAUUUUGUCACUCCCUGUGUGGUAAACCAAGCUUCCCUUGACUUGCAAGUCAAACUUGAAUGGAAAAAGACAGCAACAGAAUUCAAAAUACUCUCUCUGUCCUCUGUGGUUUAUGCCACAGGGCAAGUUACCAAAUUACCAGCAGGAAGUUUAAGUGAAAGAAAAGGUCUCCCUCUUAAGGACAUCUUUGAAAGAUGUAAGUCAGUCUUGGCCAUCAGGGAAUUCUAUGAAAUCCUCUCUCUUGUGGGUUUUCAGUAUGGUACCAUUUUCCAACAACUAGAUGACAUUUCAUACUUUGAUGAGUUAAAGGAAGGCAUUGCAAACAUUAGAGUAAACGAAGCCACCAGAAGGGAAAUGCAUGACUAUCACAUUCACCCAGUGUUGCUAGACUGCUUCAUGCAGAUGACAGCUGUUCUGGCGAGCGUAGGAAGAAAAACUAGAGGAAAGGCUGCAUUUCCUUCUUCCAUAGGCAGCCUUGUGGUCUUCAGACCCCUGGAAGAAGAAAUGAAGAUCUAUAUGAAAGCCAACAAGUCCACUGAGAACUACUUAGAAGUCUGUGGAUUUUUGACAGAUAAACAUGGCCAGGUUUUGGUAGAACUGAAGCAUGUUGGCAUCACCUAUAUGACACAAGGAUCUGCUAAUGAUGACUUCUUGUUUGAAAAUAAGUGGAAACCAAUCUCUCCAGUGCCAGUGGCUGGGUAUUCGAUGGACUCACCUCCAUUCCUGGUAUUUGCUGACAAAUUUGGAGUAGCUCAACAGCUAAAAAAGUACUUACACAGUCAGUCCAAGUAUAUUACAUCUGAGGAAUGGGAAGCAGUGCAAAAUUCUGAGGAGUCAGAAAGGGAGAGGAUGAAGAAAGAGAUCGAAGGCUUCCAUGAUGUGUUGUUCAUGUGGGGAAUUCAAAACUUCAGCGAAGAAACCCCAGGAACAAUAAUCAUGAAAUACUCGGCAAAGUGUUGUGAGACAUUCCGCCAAAUUAUCUUGGCCUUGAGGGGGCAAAAUGCUCCUUGUUCUGUGACACUUAUCACUUACAGAGCCACGUCAAGAAACAUUGAUCAGAUCAAUCCUGGCCCUGUUCUCUCUGGCAUGACAAGGUGCUGUUUCGUAGAAGUUCCAGACAUCACAUUUAAGAUGGUAGAUAUCAGCUUUCCAAGUACACAGGACAUAGCAAGUUUAGCAGAGGCUGUGAUCAAAUAUAAGGGGCAAGAGUAUCCUGAACUCUGGAUUGAUCAGGGAAGAAUGUACAUUAAUGAAAUCAGGCGCACUCCCUAUGAACUCCCUUCUGACACCCAACUUCCCAAGGAUACACACACACCAGGUGUAUUCUCUUUAUACACAGCAAAUCCAUACAAGGCAAUAGAUGUGUCUGCUCAGGCUACAGAACCUGAGGUCAUUCCCCUUGAAAACCACUCCGUGGAAGUUCAAGUUGAGAGGAUAUGCGUCCAUUCAGAAGACUACUUUCCAGUUAGCACCUCUAGUCUGACCUUCGGGAAGACUCUCUACUGGACUGAGCACACCAUGGAAAAACAUCACUUGCUAGCCUUGGACUUCAGUGGCACAGUAACCAAAAUUGGAAAAGGAGUGAAGGAAGUAAAGGUUGGGGACCACAUUGCAACUUGCUUCCCAGUUGGGGCCUCGUCAAGGGUCUUCAUUCCUGAGAUGAUCUGCUUCCAAACCAAGAAAUUACCAAUUUUUAGAAACACACCGUGUGUGUCAUAUUUCAUAAUAGCAUGGAAAAUUCUCACUCAGAUAUUGCCAAGACCAAAGUCUCUUGCCCCUUUAUCUGUCAUCUGUACUCAUCCAGGAUCCACUUUAGGCCAAGUGCUGACCUUGGCAGCUAAGGAAAUGGGCUGGAAAGCCAACCUUCUCUCACCUUCUCCCGGUGUACAGAAAACUCUGAAAGAAUGUCAGGCGCUCAUAUUUCUGUCUCCGUUAUCCAGCUUCUCCAAAGAAAUGCUGUCUGACCUUUCAAACCUCAGAGAUGUGGUGGUUUUAUAUGGGAGUCACCAGCCUGAAUUUCUGCAGCAGCUAUUUCAUAACAGUCAGGAUCAUAUCCAGGUUCACACCCUAAAUAUCAGUCCGGUUUUUCAGAAAUCAGCUUUAAUACACAAUAAUCGAGCGAUCUACCAGUGGGUGAAAUCAAUGACUUUUAAAAAGAACACAAACUUAGCCUUUUCUCUUUUUCAACCCACUGGGUCUCUGGCAUGCACAGAGCCAGCUCCUGAUUCCUACUUCACAUGCAAGGCCAUCCCACUUCUUGUGUUGGGAGGAAGAUCACCAGAAAGAGAAGUUUCAGACAUACCUAAGAAUGCAGCAGGAAAGAAACUGUUUAAGUCAAAUGCAGUGUAUAUUGUGUCAGGAGGACUCUCUGGCCUUGGCUUUGAAACAGUCAGAUUUAUUGCCCAGAAGGGGGGCGGCUCUGUGGUGAUUCUUUCAAGAAGAAGUCCAAAUGCUGAGCAACAACUGGAAAUGCAGUCUAUGGAAAGACAGAAUGAAGGCUGCAAGAUCAUCAGCUUGCAGUGUGAUGUGACUCUUCACUCUGAUGUGAACAAGGUGAUCAGUUCCAUUGGCAACAUCUUUCCCAAGGUUCCAAUCAAAGGUGUGUUCCACAGUGCAGUCGUGUUGGAUGAUGCACAUCUUGAAGCUCUAAAUGUCAGUCGCUUUGAGAAAGUACUAAGUCCCAAAGUGGCAGGAGUAAUAAAUCUUCAUUAUGCUACUAGGGGACAUAAGCUGGAUUAUUUUGUCUGUUAUUCAUCUGUCACUUCCUUCCUUGGCAAUGCAACCCAAGCAAAUUAUGCUGCUGCUAAUUCCUUCCUAGACCUCUUCUGCCAUUAUCGGAGGAACUGUGGUCUUGCUGGUCAAUCCAUUAACUGGGGUGCUUUGAACCUUGGACUAUUGCUAAACAAAGACAAUCUUCAAAAGUUUUUAGCAAGCAAGGGGAUACUUACUCUUCAGACAUCUGAAGUUUAUGAAUACCUUGAAAAAAGCUUACUUUUAAAUAAUCCUCAGCAAGCAAUAGUUAAGUUUGAUUUCAAGGCACUGAAGAAUUAUUUCUUUAGUCAGGUUCCAGCUUUCAAAAUUCGGUUUGCUAAUUUUUUGCAGAAUGAAUACAACACAUUGGCUGAGCCUAAUGGGAUAGUUCAUCAAGAUUCGUCACCAAUGGCAACUCAAGAUUAUAUCUAUUCUCUAAUAAGCGAGCUCAGUAAUACUAAUCUCAAAGACAUUACAAUGAACACAUCUCUCAUGUCACUCGGCAUGGACUCUAUGUCCGCUAUGACCCUACAAAAUAAACUCUUCCAAGACAGGAAGGUGGAUGUUCCUCUCAUCAAAUUACUUGACCCUGACACAACUCUAAUGACAAUUCAGUCCCUUUUGGAAGAACCAUCAGAGAAAUCAACAAUUAGUGGAGUUAGUGAUAGAAAUCAAGACACUUAUUUUUAA